UUUUGUCAAGGAACUUUCCAUGCAGUGUUUUGUUGUGCCAGCUGUCAGCUCUAGUUUGUAGUGCGGUUUUCUUGUACUGGUUUUUUUGUCUGCUGUGCUUUGAGGAGUGCUUUGAGUCUGUCUGUGUGAUUUUCUUACAGCAGCUGAGGAUACACACACACACACUGCAUUUUCUGUCCACAUCUCUUGGGAACCAAAGAGAUACAGAACAUCGUCUUGCACCAGAUACUGAGAACCAUUCAAUUCUAAUUGUACCCAGAUUUAGCCCAAUGCAUGUCAGACCAUCUUUCUCCAAAAAUGUGAAUGUUUUGCUCUAACAUUGUUGGCACUUUCCUCCUUAUAGGCACGUAGUGGAACAUGAAUUGCAUCCUGUUUCCCAUUGCAGUGAAAAGAUGAAUGUGGCCUCCAAUUUCCUAGACUUCAAAGGAAUGCUAGACAAACUGAGAAAGGAGAAGCAAAAUGAAGGAGGAGCCAUCAAAAACAAUUUCCUAACAUCCUGCUGAUGGAAAGUCUGACAAGCGUGUCAGAUAAAAAGGGUAUAAAAAGGCAACGGGAUGGAGGGGCAAAAGCAGAGGAAAGACAAAGCGGUCAGUGCUCCGUUCAUUGCAAAAAAAGGAAGCUCAGUAGACAGCAAGAACCUAUAGACAGCAACAACAUGGACUCUGAGGAAUACAGACAGAGAGGAAAAGAGAUGGUGGACUAUAUCUACCAGUACUUAACCAGCGUGAGGGAAAGGCGGGUGUCUCCCGAUGUCCAGCCAGGCUACAUGAGAGACCAACUGCCCGACAAAGCCCCCUUUGAGCCAGAGAGCUGGGACAGCAUCUUCAAAGACAUAGAGAAGAUCAUUAUGCCUGGGGUGGUCCAUUGGCAGAGUCCACACAUGCACGCCUACUUCCCAGCACUCAACUCCUGGCCUUCGCUCUUGGGGGACAUGUUGGCAGAUGCCAUCAACUGCCUGGGAUUUACUUGGGCUUCUAGCCCUGCCUGCACGGAACUGGAAAUGAACGUGAUGGACUGGUUGGCACAAAUGUUGGGUCUCCCACAUACUUUCUUGCACUAUCACCCAGACAGCAGAGGUGGAGGCAUAUUGCAGAGUACGGUUAGCGAAUCCACUUUGAUCGCUCUCCUGGCAGCAAGGAAAAAUAAAAUUCUAGCAAUGAAAGAAUCUGAGCCAGACACCGAGGACUCUACUCUGAAUUCUCGUUUUAUUGCUUACGCUUCAGAUCAGGCCCACUCCUCAGUUGAAAAGGCAGGCUUGAUAUCCCUGGUGAAGAUGAGAUUUCUGCCUGUCGAUGACAAUUUUUCCUUGAGAGGCGAAACCCUGAAAAAAGCCAUUGAAGAGGACAGAAGCCGUGGCCUGGUACCAAUCUUUGUUUGUGCAACUCUGGGUACAACUGGUGUCUGUGCUUUCGACAGCCUUUCGGAGCUGGGUCCAAUAUGUUCUCAAGAGGGACUCUGGUUGCAUGUCGAUGCUGCAUAUGCCGCAACGGCAUUCCUCUGUCCAGAAUUCAGAGUGUUUCUGGAAGGAAUUGAACAUGCCGAUUCUUUCGCCUUCAACCCUUCCAAAUGGAUGAUGGUUCACUUUGACUGCACAGCAUUCUGGGUCAAGGACAAAUACAAGCUGCAGCAAACAUUCAGUGUUAAUCCCAUCUACCUCAGGCAUCCCAAUUCGGGUUUAGCUACCGAUUUCAUGCACUGGCAAAUCCCACUCAGCCGAAGGUUUCGCUCUUUGAAACUCUGGUUUGUGAUUCGCUCGUUCGGCGUGAAAAAGCUCCAAGACCAUGUCAGACAUGGCACGGAGAUGGCCAAAUAUUUUGAGUCAUUGGUUCGAACGGACUCUCUGUUUGAGAUUCCAGCCAAGAGACACCUGGGACUGGUUGUGUUUCGUUUAAAGGGUCCCAACUGGAUGACCGAAAAAGUCUUAAAAGAGCUAAACAAUUCAGGGAAGCUCUUCGUGAUCCCCGCAAUGCUUGGAAAGAAGUUAAUCAUUCGCUUCACGGUAACGUCUCAGUUUACGACCCAAGAGGACAUCCGGACGGACUGGUCCCUCAUCCAAGAGGCUGCAGCGAAAGUUGUUAACCUGCCAUGUAUGCCGAGGCGUAUUGGCAUCCCAGAGGACGAGGAGCACAUCCUCAACAUGAUAAGCAGCCUCAGUCCGAAAUCAGUCGGUGCCCCUUCUCCUUUUUUCUCAGAGAAGGAAGACUGCCAAAUCUCUCUCGCCAAAAUAACCGUCCAGCCUCGAAGAGCGUCUUCCAGUUUUCCAUCAAGGCUUGCGAAUGAAGAUCUAGCAGUGCUUGAGGAUCCAAACUUAGACAAUUGUUUCAAAGAAGAGAGCCCGAAUGCAACCAGCCAGAAGGUCUCCUCCAGCUUAUGUGUCCAAAACAAGAAAAAGACAGCUCGUUCCUUCAGUGUGCCAAUGGCCGACGUUGGCGAGUCAAGCCAUCCCAAGGCAACAGACAACUUUGGGAAGAGCGGGACUUGUAUUGGCGAGAAAUUCCUUUCCAAGUUGCCCAAAGAGGUGCUGAUGCUGAAGAAAAGUGACCUCAAGAAACGGCUGAAGUUUUACAGCGUGCCCAGUUUUCCAGAAUGCACCAUCCAGUGUGGCCUCCAGCUGCCAUGCUGCCCGUUGCAGGCCAUUGUUUAGGAAGCAUUUACCUUUGACAAGAAAGUGAGAACCAAAGUCUGCCCAUUCUCAUGCAAUACAGCAAUCUAUGCCCCUAUUCUAUAUAUAAAUAUAUAUAUAUUAUAUAUUAAAGGAUAUUAUUUGUUUCAGAAGACGGCUUAUUUUUUUUAACCUGUAUAUUGAAAAACAUUUAAAAUAUAAAUAAACUAUUUAAUAUCGCUGUCGGGAGUA